AUGCUUCCUAGUGCUGCCAUUAUAUUACUUUCUCUGACAAGCUUGAACUCAUGUGAUUCUUUGGGUGGAAGGAAAUCGCCUUGUACGCUACACGAGUCUUCCGAACCCAGUAUAUCUGCUCCAGAGACAAACGAAAAGCAAGGACUAGGAGGUCCUCGAUCUGCUUACAUGGCGAUUGACAGCGAUGGAAUGUUCGAAUCCGAAUGUCAGGAAAUUGCUUCCAAGCUAUCCGUCCCCCUGUCCUCUAAAAUAAUUGAUUCCCCUGAUGAAAGGUAUACACACGAGCUGAGUCUUGUCCCAUAUGAAUUCCAAGAGGUCUCGACAUUUGCGCUUGCCAUUGAAUCCAUCACCGUCGGCUCGGAGGAUUCUUCCAAAAACGCGAAACGACGGAAACGACCCAGCAAAAAGCCAAAAUCAAAUCCCCAUUUCAUCGACUUUUGUCCACCCAAGAAUAGUCGGGCGGGAAAACGGAGCGGCCAAGAGAGUGGGACGGACUUACUGGUAAAGGCAACGAUACCAAAGAAAUCAAUCGGGAGCACUGUCGUCUGGGAUUUGACCGCUGGAUUUGGACAAGACUCGUUGAUACUGGCACUGAAUGGUGCCUCAAAGGUCCACAUGAUAGAAAGAGAUCCAUUUGUAUUUGCCUUGCUGGAGGAUGGACUGAGACGGCUACGACAGCUCUCAAAAGUAGGACUUGAGUUUGCUCAGGAUCUAGAGCAGAGACUCACACUGGGAGCUGGGGAUGGGGUGGAUGCUUUGCAACAAGUACUAUUGGAGGGCGACAAAGCGAUACGACCUGAUAUAUGCUACCUUGAUCCAAUGUUCCCGCCAAGAACCAAGUCGGCAUCUGUAAAGAAACCAAUGCAAAUUCUACAUGGUUUGCUGAACACCCAAGAGGAAGCAAAAGAAUCAAUUGAAGAGAGACUAGAAGAAGAACGGAAAUUAUUAGAAUAUGCUCUAGAAGCUGCAAAGUGUCGCGUAGUUGUAAAGAGACCAGCAAAAGCGCCUCUGUUGGGUGGAGAAAGUGGGGACGGUCGGAAGCCAUCCUAUGCUGUCGAAGGCUCUGUCAACCGAUGGGAUGUGUAUAUCUUAAGCAACAACAAUGAAUGA